AUGUUUCUGACGUUCUCGACGCCGGCAGGCAGCAAAGAACGUCGCCCACCCUCAUCGAACAAACGAAAGCUUGCGGCCCGCGCCUGUGAUAGCUGCCGGCUAUUUCGAGUACGCUGUGAAGGACAGCCUCGAUGUUCGCAGUGUACUGAGUUUAAGAGAACCUGUACCUUCUCUGAGGGGGGAAGUCAAAAAAGACGGACUGCGUCCAUCAACAAUCAGGACUCGAGAAGAAAUAGUAUCACUUCACAACCACUCACAUUCUCUUUACCCCCGGAGAAGGAGCCUAUAGCAUCAUCCACUCCGUUUGAAGUUGUUCCGAGUAAAUCGCAAGCUCCGACACCAGCCUCAAACGCGCCAAAUAACCAUGUUCAUCCUCUCGAUUCCGCCAAUGUGUUCGCUUCUAAGAUAGAUGCAUACUUCUCAUCUAUCUCCUCUCUCAUACAUUAUCCGAGCACCGAUGAAAGUCCGCCGGUGUACACAUCAGUAGCCUCUUCUCCUUACGAAGUCCAAAUCGUCACACCAGAAGAAGACCCUCCGUCCGCGUUAGACUUCUCGAAGAGCCAGAUCGACGGCCUAUUAAAUCUUUACUGGACUACUCAGCACCCAUUGAUGCCUAUUUUGGACGAGGAUGAUGUUUUGAGAAGGUACAACAGUAUCUGGGCCCCCGACGGAACACAGCGAUAUGUUUCGCCCAUCAUCGAUGCCAUUACGGCCUUGAGCACUCAAUAUGCAUGUUGUUCUGGAGCAAACGAUAGAUUGCUUGGCCUCAACCUACCUCUUUUGACAAAAGAUGGCAACUACAGUCUCAUUGGCAAUUUGCUAAUCCAGCGCUGUCGGAAACAGAUCGAUCCUUUCGCAUCAGAUGAACACUCGAUCCUCUCAGCAAUCCAAUGCUAUGCCUUACUGUCCGUGUAUCUUCUCAAUGCCGCACAGGGUCGUGUUGCAUACACUAUACUUGGUUCGGCCGUUCGUCUAGCUUACAGCAUUGGGCUCAACAAAGAACCUUCUACAAACAUACCUGAUAGUCAGGUGGAACUUCGACGGCGAAUCUGGUGGUUUCUACUUCAUCUUGACUUCAAGUGUUCGACCAAGUUAGGGCUACCAGUGGCUGUUUCUAUGACGGAGAUCUCCUGUCAAUUUCCGAGUCGAAACGGACCCGAGCCUGAUGAUUUCUGCCGAUGGAGCUACCACGUCUACUCCGUCAAACUAUCCGAUGCGGCUUUGAGAGUCUGGGAAACUUCUCGCACAAGAAAUGCUACAACAACACUGGAGACUGUUCAGCCCGUCGAGUCUCGAGCAAAAGCUCUUAGUAAUGAUCUGUGGCCAAUACUCGACUGGAAGCAGCAGAUUCAACGAAGCGACGAAUUCUUCGGCCUUGAGCUAGACUUCAUCGAUCUCGAAAAUUCAACAAAAAGAUGCAGUAUACGCCGUAAUGUCGAUCUACCUCCGAUGCGAUCAUUGCAGCGUAUUUUGCUCCAACUACAGUACCACGAUGCCCUGAUAGGUCUAUACCGGCAGUUCAUCGUUUUUCCAACCAAGAACUUUACGCUGCAACGUAGUCCCAACGCUGACAAUCUCGCCACCAAUGCUCUCAAACAUGCUCUUACUGUAACAGAUAUCAUCCGAUGCAAUCUUGCCGCCAACGAUAUCCUGUACGGAUGGAGCGAUGUUUACCUGUGGCAGUGGAAUGCCGUCUUGACAGCUCUGGGAUUUAUGCUCGCAUAUCCCACUUGCCACCACUUCAGAUUUGCGCGUGCAAGUGUUGAGGACGCCAUUCGCGUCUUCGAAUUGGUGGCUAAUAAGCAGCCGGCAGCUGAGCGAGCAAAAGCAAUAGCUCGAGACUUGUGUCAGCGUAUCGAUAGCGUAGUCGAAUACUGUCGAUUGCGCCCGACAGAGCACGAGCAGUCACCCGCCAAUGCAAGCACAGUACCUCCUUACUCAGCGCAGGGUUCUAUUGGAGUUAAUUAUGGCUCCGAAGAAGCUCUUCGGGGCAAUGAUCUGGGUGCGUUAGACUCAUCAAGUACAGAUAACAUCGGCGAGCUACAGAAUUCUCAGAAUUCUAUAGAAGCUCAAGCUACUGGGAUUGAUGGCGAUGAUCUCUGGGCGUGGACGAAUGUUAUCAAUCCUAGUGAGUGGUUUGAUUAUCAGACUGAGGUGGUAGAAGGCCUUCUGGCGGAUAGAAGUUAUGUUGGGAUGAGUGCAAAUUAA